UAAGUUAAGAAGGAGAGCUAAAAUUAGCACUUUUUAAAAUUUUGUUUAAUAUACCCACUAAACAACCAUCGUAAACGUAAACAAUCAUCGAAUUCAUCCAGUUAUUUAAUUGCCUGUAAUAAGGUGCGUUCAUCAGAACACCACUAAUUUGUUUUUUUGUUUUUUUUUAUAGGUCGACUACAGACUUCUGAGCGUGAACACCAGUAGAUGGCAGUAAUGGGACAGUUAACGGAGGACGUGUGUGUUUGGAGAUUCCAAGAAAGGAUUAACGCAUCAGAUAUCAGGAAGUCAAGUACCUGAAUCUCUGGCUCCUAUCCCAAAAUCCCUUGUGUGUGAUCGUCCCUCCGCCCAUCACCUCCUGUUUUGGAUUGUGGAGUGUGUGUGUAGAGAGCGCACUCAGCGCGCCAUGGCCGCGGAGACGUAUGUCAGCGCCGAGUCCCCGCUUCACAUGGAUUAUAACGCCAAGGUUUUCCCUCAGACCGGCGGAUUCGGGCGGUACAACCGGGUGGUGGUAGUGUUCAGCUGGUUCCCCAGUUUCGCGGUCAUUUUAAACCUUAUUAGCGACGUUUUCUUCACUUUGCUCCCGGAGUCGUAUCACUGCAGACCGGACCCGCAACUGCUUCCUUCCACUUUCCUCCCCGCUAACUUAUCGAGUCAGGGAUACUUGAACCUCACCAUCCCCUGGUUGAACGGCAGUGGCCUCAGUCACUGUCAACUUUUUAAAUAUCCGCCCAACACCUCCGACCAUGUUCCACUGAAGAGGGUUCCCUGCACCCUGGGCUGGGAGUAUACUCAGUCGACCGGGCUGCACAGCAACUUUGUCACUGAGUGGGACCUGGUCUGCAGUGACUACUGGAAAAUCCCACUGCAGCAUAUCUGCUUCAUGAUGGGGUGGAUUAUGGGAUACAUAUUCCUGGGUACUUUAUGUGACAGGCUGGGUCGUCGCUGCUGUUUUCUCCUCUCCCUCAGUCUGUCCAGUCUGCUGGGAGUCGCUGUGUGUUUGUCCAGCAGUGCUGUUGUGUUUCUGCUGCUGCGUCUGUCUCAGGGAACCGCACUGGCCGGAGUCUUUCUGUCUUCUUACAUUGCACGGUUGGAGUUGUGUGACCCUCCUCACCGCCUCAUGGUGGCCAUGGUCAGUGGGUUUUUUGCCAUUUUUGCUGAGGUGCUUCUGCCAGGUUUGGCCGUUUUGUGCCAAGACUGGCGAAUCCUCCAGGCGGUCGUCACGGUGCCGCUGCUGCUCCUGCUCUCCUACUGGUGCUGUGCCUCUGUGUUUCCUGAAUCUCCUCGCUGGCUGUGGUCUACAGCUCAGAUCCAUCAGGCGAAGAGAAGUUUCCUGGAAUUCUCCACCAGGAAUGGCGUUUGUCCACAAGAGCAAAUGUUUCCCAGUGAAUCUUUGUUGUCAGAGAUGGACUCAGUUCACGGAGAAGACUGUCGUCCAUGUUACCACUCAGUUCUGGAGCUGCGUCGGACUCGUAUCAUCUGGAAGAACUGCCUCAUCCUCAGCUUCGCUCUGUUCAUCGGGACCGGUAUUCAGUACUGUUUCACCAGGAAUCUGCACAGUUACUCCACCAACUUCUACUUCAGCUACUUCAUCAGAAUCAUCACCGGAGCUCUGGCCGCCGUCUUCCUCUGCAUCACUGUCAAUCACUUCGGGCGACGUGGCAUUCUGCUGCUGUCGGCCAUCAUCACUGGACUGUCGUCACUGCUGCUGCUGGCCCUCACUCAGUACCUGCAGGGCGGUCUGGUGUUGGUUCUGUCCAUGGUGGGUUUGCUCUUCUCUCAGGCUCUGGCUCAGCUCAGCGUCUUCUUUGCCUGUGAGGUGAUGCCAACUGUGGUUCGUGGUGGCUGCCUGGGCCUGGUCUUGUCAUCUGGUUGUGUGGGCAUGGCUGCGUCGUCCCUGAUGGAGCUCCAGAAUAACAGCGGUUAUUUCCUACACCAUGUCAUCUUUGCGACGUUCGCCGUCCUCUCCGUUCUGUCCAUAAUGCUCCUACCUGAGAGUAAGCGGAAGCCUCUCCCGGACUCUCUGACGGAGGGCGAGAACCAGCGGCGGCCACCACUCUACGUGUCUCGGCCUGACAGAGACAACCUGCCUUUGCUGCACACUCGACAUCCUCUGUCGGAAUACAACCCUGAAAACUACUCCUUUUUGGUUAGUGCCACCAGGAAGAUGUUGUCUAAGGACACUUUGCCUUACAGGAUUUCUGUGCCCAGUCACCCCCCACUGCUGGAGGACGAAACACAGGGAAUGAACGAGUCCUGAAAACCACUCGUAUUUGACUGCUCCUUCACAUACCUCACGUGUUCUUAAUCACUGGAUGGUCUUAGCUCAGCAGUAGAACGGGCUGCUUCUUCAGAAUCUCAAUUCACAUUUAAACCCAUAGAGGUGUUCUCUCAAGUUGUUACAUUUGUGACCUAAAGCUAAAUGAUGGAUCGACAUGUUUCUGACUGACCAUCUGUGUUUGGUUUAUUAACUUAGAAAUGAGCAAACGUUCAUAUCUGUCCACCUCAGGUCAGGGUCUCUUUUUUUGUUUUUGUUCGUCGCUUGUCCGUGGAGAUUGUGGUCAAAGGUCAUGUGAGCUGAUGCAGCGCCAUCAAACAUGACUUUUCCAUUAGGUUAUUUUUUUAUGAAGUCAUCAGAGGUUUCAGCAGUGUCUCAGUGCUGAGCAGAGCCCAGGAACCCAUGGUGUGCUAAUGUAAUGAUGUUACUUUAUUUGGCUCUGAAUGAAGUACUGGUCACUGGCUGAAGAAAGCACUGUGUCAUAAUAGGAAAAACAAGGUUAAACCAAUAUCUGAACAGCAAUGUCCUGUCGUAAAGUUACUUUUCCUCAACAAAAAUGUUGGUAAACUAAUAAAACACAGUGCUAUUUUUAAAAACAAGCCAUUCCUAUAUAUUUAUAUAUAUAUAUAUAGUAUAUUCCUGUCUCCUGCCAGACUUCCCCUGAAUUCACUGGGAGUCGUAUAUGUUAAAAUGGGUUUAGUAUUUUUGUUAAUUCACAUCUCAAAAUCCUUCCAUGACAGUAUAAAAAAUGAGUUGUCAUUGAAAAGAUAGUUUGACUAAAAAACUCCUCACGCUGCUUUUUGCAUUUCCGUCCAGCUA